AUGGUCAAGAAUGUUAUCAGAGAAUUUAGCAAGCAUAACUACUCGGGUAUUGAGAAGAAAACUGCGCAAGCCCACGAGAAGUUGAUUCAGGCUCAGGCAGUUAUGUUAUCUUCUCCUUCUACCACUAACGCCUCCAUAGAACUCUCUGCCCAGAAGGAAUGGGAAGAGCUGUCUUCUGUUGAAGCUGCUUUCUUCUACCAGAGGUCGCGUAUAAACUGGCUCUCCCUUGGUGAUGGAAACUCCACGCUGUUUCACAGAUAUGCUGCCUCGAGACAGGCUUUAAACCACAUCCAUUUCCUGUUCUCUGAGGCUUGUGAGCGCAUUGAUUCUCAGACCGGGAUCCAACAACUUUGCGUGGACUAUUUCUCUGAGUUACUGGAUAGCCCUAUCUCCCAGCCUAUGUUUAUUCAGAGCGAUCUAGACCUGCUGUUUGAUUUCAAAUGUUCAGAGGAGCAAGCUGCGGGUUGUGGCAAAGGCUUCUCUGCGGCUGAUAUAAAGGAAGCGUUCUUCUCCCUGCCGAAAAAUAAAACAGGGGGUCCUGAUGGUUAUUCCGCUGAGUUCUUCACGGCAAUGUGGUCUGUCAUUGGACCUGAAGUCACCGAAGCCAUCAUGGAAUUCUUCAGAUCAGGGAGGUUGCUCAAGCAAUGGAACUCUGCUAAUUUGGUGUUAAUUCCCAAGAAGCAAAACACAUCUCUUCCCACAGACUUUAGACCCAUCUCAUGCCUCAACACGGUUUAUAAAGUCAUCUCCAAGCUACUGGCUUUACGUCUUAAGGAGAUCCUACCCCUAAUGAUCUCCAAGGCACAAUCCGCUUUCCUCCAUGGUCGGCUUCUUGCAGAGAAUGUGCUCCUCGCUACUGACCUGGGCGCUGGCGAUUCCAGAAACAUACAUUGGGCUUAUCAAGGAGUGUCUAUCGACAGCAUCCUUCUCUGUCUCCGUCAAUGGCGUCUCGGGAAGCUUCUUUUAGAAUAUGAAUCAGGCUGCAUAGGCUACCACCCAAGAACGGAGGAGAUAAAACUCUCACACCUCAUGUUUGCGGAUGAUGUAAUGGUGUUCUUUGAUGGGUCUAGCAACAUCCUACAUGGAAUCUCUGAAUGCCUUGACGACUUUGCUUCGUGGUCGGGACUACAGAUGAACACCACAAAGACGGAUCUAUUUAUUUCGGGUCUGGACCAGAUUGAAACCGCUGCUAUUAGUAGCUAUGUUUUCCCAUCUGGUAAACUCCCUAUUAGAUACUUAGGCCUCCCUUUGAUGAGCAGGAAACUGAAGAUAUCUGAAUACGCCCCUCUAAUGACCAAACUAAAUAUGAGCUUUCAUGCAUGGUCCGCUAAGCUCUUAUCAUUCGCGGGAAGACUGCAAUUGCUCAAGAGAGUCACCUUUGGCACGAUCAACUUAUGGGCCUCAGCUUUUAUCUUGCCAAAAGGAUGCAUCACAACUAUCGAAUCUCUUUGCUCGCGCUUCCUGUGGUCUGGCAAUGUAAAGAGGAGAAGCAUAGCAAAGGUGGCUUGGACUAGUGUAUGUCUCCCUAAGGUGAAAGGGGGUCUCGGGCUAAGGAGCUUUACGGCAUGGAACCUGGUGCUGUGUUUAAAAUUUAUGUGGCUGCUACUGUCAAAAGCCCCCUCUCUAUGGGUAGAAUGGCACUGGAACAUCCACCUAAAUGGUCAAUCAUUUUGGAAAAUCAACGCCUCCUCAACAGACUCUUGGGCCUGGCGUAAGCUGUUGGAUUUGCGUCCACUGGCGCUUCAGUUCUGCAAGUCCAAACUAGGAAAUGGUCACUCAACAAGUUUAUGGUAUGAUGUCUGA